AAAAAAAACCAGCUGUUGGCAGUUGGCUUGUUUCCCAUCAUUCCAUUAUAAAGUGUUUUUGCUUUGCUUCAUACUCACUACUGAUUUUCCAACACUUUCUCUUUCCACCUCUCACACAAUGUCAGAUCUCAAGCUCAGGCCUGAGAUCUCUUUCACUGAAACCUUCUUCUGCAGCGCUUUUGCUGCUUGUUUCGCUGAGCUGUGUACCAUACCUUUGGACACAGCUAAAGUCCGCCUUCAGCUCCAAAAGAAAACGGUUAGUGAAGAUGGGGUUAGUGUGUCUAAGUAUAGAGGUUUGUUGGGUACAGUUGCUACUAUUGCAAGGGAAGAGGGUUUAUCGGCUCUAUGGAAAGGGAUAAUAGCAGGGUUACAUCGCCAAUGUAUUUAUGGAGGCUUAAGAGUUGGGUUAUAUGAUCCUGUCAAAACUUUCCUAGUUGGCAGUGAUUUUGUUGGAGAUAUUCCUUUAUACCAAAAAAUAUUUGCAGCUUUCCUGACUGGGGCUAUAGCAAUUGCCGUGGCUAAUCCAACUGAUCUUGUUAAAGUUCGACUUCAAGCUGAAGGGAAAUUACUAUCUGGAGUGCCCAGGCGUUAUUAUGGAACCUUGGAUGCCUAUUACACCAUAGUGAGACAGGAAGGACUGGCAGCACUAUGGACUGGACUUGGACCUAAUAUAGCACGAAAUGCUCUUAUAAAUGCUGCUGAGCUAGCCAGUUAUGAUCAAGUAAAACAGACGAUUUUGAGAAUUCCAGGGUUCAUGGACAAUGUUUUUACCCAUAUUCUAGCUGGUCUUGGUGCAGGCUUUUUUGCCGUCUGUAUUGGUUCUCCUAUUGAUGUGGUAAAAUCUAGAAUGAUGGGAGAUUCAGGCUACAAAAACACUCUUGAUUGUUUCAUCAAGACUUUGAAGAAUGAGGGAAUUUCUGCCUUCUAUAAGGGGUUUCUUCCCAAUUUUGGUCGACUGGGGUCUUGGAACGUGAUCAUGUUUCUGACUCUUGAGCAAGCUAAGAAAGUUUUCAUCCGGGAAGUGUAUGUUGACUGAUUUUUUGGGUGCCGGAAGACAGCUUUUGCCUGGUAGUUCCCCGAUUAUACCUCCCAGAAAAGAAAUGAGAUGGGCCCUGCAGUCUUUCCAUUUCCUUUAGAGACGAAACUUUUCUCCUUGUGAAUAUUCAGAGGACUUAAAAUUCGAUUUAUCAGGGUUAUAGUACCACACCCUCCUGUAAGAGAACAAGCUCUUUCUUUUCUUUUUUUUUUUGAAAUCGACAUAAUUUUCCAAAAUGUACUUUAGAUGAUGUGAACAUACUUGAGACAUUCAAUAAAUAUAACUUAUUUAACAUA